AUGCGCCUCCUCCUCCUACUACACACCCUCUCCCGCGCAACGUCGCUGCACGUAAAAAUCGCGACGCGGCCGUCGCCGCUAGCCGUGAAGCAGGCGGAGCGCGUCGCUGAGACGUUGCGACGCGCUGAUCCGGCACUAACGACAGAACUGGUGCGCAUCUCAUCGACCGGCGAGUAUCGCAACAACACACCACUACCGCUGGCCCUGGAUCCGACGGUCGACUUCACGGGCCUGCUCGACGACGCCGUCGGCAGCGGCGCCGUCGACGUCGCGGUCCACUCGCUCAAGGACCUGCCGCCGGCGAACCGAUGGCGCGGGGACCUGCGCGUCGCGUGCCACCUGCCGCGCACGGAAUCGGCCGCCGACGCGCUGGUCGGCUACGCGAGCAUGGACCUCGUGCCGCGGGGCGCGCGCGUCGGCACGGCGUCGCAGCGCCGGCGGGCGCUGCUGCGGUGCGCGCGGCCGGACCUCGACGUCGUCACGGUCCGCGGGAACGUCCACGCGCGCCUCGAGACGCUCGACCGCGGCGACGUCGACGCGCUCAUCCUGGGCGCGGCGGGGCUCCAGCGGCUCGAGCUCCUCGACGCCCGGCGCCACGCGAUCCUGUCGUUCGACGAGAUGCUCCCGGCGCCCGCGCAAGGCAUCGUCGGGGCCGUCGCGCGCGGCGACGGCGGCGCCCUCGGCGACCUGCUCGCGCGCGCGGACGACCGCGACGCGCGCAUCGCCGCGACGGCGGAGCGCGCGGUGCUCGACGUCGCCGACGCGGCGUCGCCGGGCGCCGGGCGGCCGCCGACGUCGGCCGCGAUGACGCGCGACGGCGCCGCGUGGCUCCUGAGAGCGCGGCUGACUCGGCCCGAUGGCUCGAGGAGCGCGGCGACGACGAGCACCGUCGAAGCCGACCAGCUCGGCGACGGCGACGCGGCCGCGCGCGAGUUCGGCGCGGCCGCGGGCCGGGACCUGCUCAGACGCGCGGGUCCCGACUUCUUCGCGGAGUAA